UCCAUUUUAAGAUCAGGACUUUGUUAGAGCAUCCAAACGUUAACAAAUUGGUACUUUUCGUAGCAGCACAGAGUUAUUUCUCCAUUUCCAGGAGUUAUUCAAGGCAGGGACCAACCUCCAUCUCUUUCACUUAAGUGACAGAAAGUGGAAUUAUUUCCAGUUCCCCGCAAAGCCCGGAGACGCUUCCGAGCAACCUGCCGGUUUCCUCAGAGGGGAAAACUCUCCAAAUGGCUCUGAAUGAAUUGGACCAAUUAGGAAAGGAAUCACUGCACCUAAAUUGACUUCAGUUGGAUUGCAUAUUUAAAGGGCGUGGAGGUGAGGUUUGUUGUGUUUGUGUCCCUUUAUACAUAACACUGAGCUGAGUUUGAGUAACAAAAAAAAAAACAACAACAACAGGGGAGCAGAGAGGAAACGGAAGUGGUCUCCGGGAGUUUUGAGGGAGUCCCGAGUAUCCCGAAGGAGGUUUCAGCCGAGCUACUGCAUCCGAAGCAAAAGUUCAGGCCGAGUGCUGUGCAGGAAGAUGGACUCCGCAGCGGUGGAGAUAGACGGCAGCGUGAUGGAGGGCGGCGGGCAGAUCCUGAGGCUCUCUGCGGCGCUCAGCUGCAUCACCGGUUCCGCGAUUAAAAUCACCAAAAUCCGAGCCGGGAGGAGCACACCCGGGCUGAGCCUGCAGGGAGCCACCAUCGGCUCCACCGACAUCAGCCUGACACCAGGGAAGAUCCGAUCUGGGAAUCACACAGCCGACACGCAGACGGCAGGGAGUGUGUGUCUGCUGCUGCAGGUGGCUCUGCCCUGCACGCUGUACGCCGAUGCUGCCUCGCAGCUCUGCCUAAAGGGGGGCACCAACGCAGAGAUGGCCCCUCAGAUCGACUACACUGUCAAGGUCUUUAAACCAAUAGUGGAGAGGUUCGGACUUCAAUUUGACUGUGACGUCAGACUGAGGGGUUACUACCCAAAAGGCGGGGGUGAGGUGAUGGUGACAGUGAAUCCGGUCAAAGAGCUCCAGCCCGUCACCAUGACGGAGAGAGGAAACAUCACCAAGAUCCACGGCAGAGCGUUUGUGGCGGGCGUCCUGCCCUUUAAGCUGGCUAAAGACAUGUCGACCGCAGCAGUUCGAACCAUCAGGAAGGAAAUCAAAGAACUUUACAUCAACAUCCAGCCACUGCAGGAGAAGGAAAAGGCAUAUGGGAAUGGGAACGGCAUCAUAAUCAUUGCGGAGUCGUCCACGGGUUGUCUGUUUGCAGGUUCAGCUCUGGGAAAGAAAGGCGUGUAUGCGGAUAAAGUUGGAAUAGAAGCUGCUGAGAUGCUGCUCAGAAACAUCCGGCACAACGGCUGCGUGGACGAGUUUCUGCAGGACCAGCUCAUCAUCUUCAUGGCGCUGGCGAAGGGGACGUCUCGCAUUCGAACCGGCCCCGCAAAGUUCACAAUAACUAAAUGUGAGGACCAGCUAAGCAGCAACGUCACUUACAUCAUCGAAUGUGAAGGAUCGGGAGCUUUGAACCCAAACCUGUAGCCGACCGCACCCAAAACACACUGAAAACUCUCCACUGGACUCCACAGCUGCUCUCAUCAUGGCCGACCCUCUUAGCUUCUGUCUCUCAGGGUUUUUCCUUAAAUGCUAUAAUAAUUAAAUAAAAAAAUGAAUAAAACUCUUCCCAA